AUGGCAUGCCCACGUGUAGCCGUGCUCAGCUCGUCCUCAGUUGGGACCGUGAACCGAUUUCUGCCGAUCGUCUCCGAGUUGGUUCAGCGUAAAUGUGAAGUGCGAUAUUAUAUCACAGAUCCUGCGUUUGAGGAAGCGAUUCAACAAACUGGCGCUGCCACGGAGCUAUUCGAUGACUUCUGUGGCUCCUGGCCGGGUCUGUUGGCUCAAGAUGCACCGUGGUGGCACUCUGUGCAGCUUCCUACAGUGGUAAAGGAGCACAUUGAGUUAGAGCGAUAUUUCUAUGCCUUACCGGCGGGAGUUUGCCUGGCGAGACGAUUGCUGCAGCUGUGGGAAGCACCGGGCGCGUGGGUACCCUCGCUCGUCAUCUAUAGCGUUGCAGACCUGCAUCCGCGUCUUGUUUCAGCCAAGCUUGGCAUACCAUGUGUUGCAGUGGUGCCGUGCUUCUUGGUGGAUCGCUAUCCAGCUUGCUUGUCAGAUGAGCAGCGAGGGUCGUGGCCAGGAGCCGUUGUGGAGCAUGAGAGUGUGCAGGCCGCAAACGCGAUCGCGCAGGAUGAGUUUGGCACAAAUUGCAUCAAGGAGUUUCUGCCAUGCAGAUACUUCAGCCGCUGCUUGAACGUUGUCGUUUCGAUUCCCCAGAUCGAACGUGACGAAACUUUGGACCAGUCCUGGAUGAAGGAGCUUGCAUUCGUAUGGGUUGGUUUCACCGGAAAUCAGACACACCACAUCAACGGGGUCUUUGUGAGAGAUGCCAACAAACUGCACCGACUGCCAAGUGAUGUCUCGGCAGUAGACUGUCCCUGGCGGAUGCCUUUACCUGGUGGAGUGAAGAUCCUGGUCGUGAGCCUUGGCUCCCACAUCGUCGGGGAUGGCUGGAACGCCGUGCAGGGAUCGUCGGAGUCUGGGCCGGUCACGGGACGUGACUUCAGCCGACGAGUUUGGCGCGAGCUGGUCGAAAACUUCCGUGGCCGCAACGACGUCCGCGUGGUGAUUUCCAUCGGGCCUCAGCCUGAUGCCUGCGAAGGACUCGGCAAAAUCCCGGGCAACUUCAUCGCGCGCCGAAGUAUUGCGCAGAUGGAUGCGUUGUCCAGAGCGAGUGCAUUCAUAACGCACGGUGGCGGCAACAGUGUUAUGGAAGGCUUAGUGGCUGGCCUACCCCUGGUGCUCAUCCCUUGCAGUUCUGAUGAUCAGCAAAUGGCGAAGCUCAUCGAGAGGCGUGGUGCUGGCGUCGUGUUGUGGAAGCCCAUGGAGGCUCCAGCUGGAGCCAUCGCGCAGGCUGGACAUGCUGCAAUGUUUGGAAGCGCCGCAGCUUCGCAGCGCCUGCGCUCAGAGGAGCUCGGUGCGCAGCUGCAAGCUGCGGGCGGCUCGCCGGCGGCAGCAGAGGCCAAGAGCAUCAGGUUACUUCAAGAGGUGGGGGAGCGGGCCGGCAAAGGCGAUUGGCUGGAACGAGUCCACAGGUGGUGCGUGUUGCUCUGCGUUGAGGGGAUGCUCGGCCUGGACAUCUUUGGCUGCGCGCCCAUGAAAGUUGUGGACCAGCUCGGAAACCUGGAGACCGCGAGCGCUGCGAGUACGCAGAAGAACAGCACCAGGAGUGCGUACUCAGGCGCAAGCAGCAUCGGCAGCGAGUUCAUCAACGAUCAGAUCCCGCUGCAUCAGAGAGAGGUGGCCAAGAUUCAGUCACAGAUGAAGAGCUUCGUCAAGGGCAUGGUCCGUGGGCGUGAGAUGAACGUGCUGUCGGCGCUGAAAUGGUUGGGACGACAGGAUGCGGGAGAGUUUUUUUUGGUGCAGGUCGGCGUGGACCUAGUGGGCAGGGUAGUGAUGCUUUGCCUGGGGGCUCAACUCGCCCUGCCGCUGCUGGCGCUGCUGGCGCUGCUCCUUCGCCCUGCCGCAUCGCUUCCCUUCGCCGAAGACGACGAGUGCGACGGCAGCGACGGCUCCGAGUCCGAGUGUGCCUUGCAGGCUUUGCAAAGACGUGCAGUGCAAGGUGAGUCCUCUUCCGAAUUCUCCCUGGAAGAAUCCAACAGCAGCUUCCGCUACUGCCACGAAAGCUGUUGGUUGAAGUAUGGCUUUGUGAAAGGAGACUGCAAGUGCGACGUGCACAGAGGUUGGUACAUGUGGAUAUGUUGGAAGAGGAACGGGGUGCGCAUUAAGCCGGAGUACGGCCAUCAGUUCAAUUGUCAUGGCCUGACGCAUGCGGCCCCGGCACCACCCCCGCCACCUCCACCAAAGGAGUAUACAUCCUCCUACAAUCCGAAGUACCGGGUGAGAAACCAGGAGCUGGUGAAUGCCAGUACUGCUCCACUCAUGACAUUCCAUCUUUACCGCGUUCAAAGUGAUGCCAACUAUAGCUGUUGUGCAAAUGCGGACUUGACGACGGCUGGUGCAGCCAUGUUCUAUUUGCACAACGAGAUCGUCUGGCAUGCCAAGUCGCGAGCUGGUACGAACUUUGCAGACCCGAAAACGCGAAUUCGUCGGUACAAAGUGUGGACGCGAGCUACGCAGCCUUUGUACGACCUCGGCAUGAACUUCGGCGUCAUGAACGAGUUCGACAUUACGGAGUGCACCGGCCCCUUCGAUUGCGAGAACUUUAAGCGCUUUGGGUACACGGUGGGCUGCGAGAACUGGGUUGAAGGAUCAGCUGCGAACUUCCCACAUCAGAAGUGGAACAAGUUGAACUUCUAUCCCAAUGCUGCAUGGUUCAGCUUGCCGGGCCCAUGCCCCUUCGGAAAGCUGGACAAGAAAAGUGCCAGCUGCAAGGCAAGCCAGCCGGGUGGCCAGUGUCCCGAGGGUAUUUUCCCGGAUGGAUCAGGGGACUGCACCUACCAAAUCGCUCCUGCUGGAGAGAUCCGCAUCGACGACUUGGUCGGCAUCACAGAGGAGACUGGCGACUAUGCUAAUUUCAUCAAGGUCGGUGGACGUGAAUACGAUCCAGUCAUCGACCAGGGCGUCCACCUGAACUUCUGGGACGGACGGUUUGAUGCAAUGCUUUGUGAAUGGCGGACCAAGAAGCUCGAAGACAUGUUUGCAAAGAAGUAUCCGGACGAUCCAACCAUCGAAGCGCCGGAGUGUGACUUCAACAAGUGGAAGUUCUAUCACGGCACGUCGCACAAGCCCUGA